ACAGGCAGGGUGGUUGCAGUGAACAAGUGAGCCUACCACGGUACGGUCACGGAGCCAAAUCAUCAAACAAACAAAAAGAAACUCAGAUAGGGCAGCGAGAUAAUGACUUCUCCAGAUCAAAAUGGAUUAGGUGCCACGGAAACAUAUCUAGAAGCUAUACAACACAAUAAAGUGUCGGAUGAAUUUGACGUUGAAUUUCCUCCACCAUUUGGCUAUGUACGUGAUAUUGAGAGUGCAGAGAUUCUUCGCAGACGAUUCGAGCAAAAGUUUGGUGUGCGAUUUUCAACAUAUAGACAAAGCAAAGACUAUGGAAAAGAAGAUAUAAAAAUUGAUCAUCAUAAGGUAUGCUGGGAAGACGGCUCCAGACUUCGUCAAGGUCACCUUGUAUUUGAUCACGUACCAUACAUUGUGAUUGGAAUUAAGACAUUAGAUUGUCAGUAUGGAAGGGACAGGCAUGUUGCUAGAAAGAAAAGAUCUCUUGCACAGGAAGAUGAUCAAAAAAGGAGAAAACGGUUAUCUGGCAAGAAGGUGGACUGUCCAGCACAAAUAUCUUUUAGAGAUAUCUUGAAGUUCCCAGAUUAUAAAAUUGAGAGCAAUACAGUAUGGAGAAGAAAAGCCAUGUCAGGAAGGCUCAGGAAAUCCCUAUCUACAGAAUCAGAUGUUAAAAUAGAGAGACGAAUCUAUAUCAAAUUUCCAGAACCAAGUGAUCACCAAUGUGCUGUUGCAGAAGACUAUGUGCCUGUCCUUGGACACAAGGUCGUACAAAGCAGUUCUUGUGUGAGUGGAGGAGGUUCUGAUGGAUCAGGGAUUCAAAGUGAUGUACAGACACAGGUUCUAAAUAAGGAGCUUGCUGUGCAAGAUGUAAUACAACAGAUGAGCUCUGAGACUACAGGACCACACUAUAGGCAACCAGACAGAACAUUUAGCCAAGCUGAGCAGUCCCCUCCGUCUACCGAGGCCAGCAAUACCUCGACCACAGUUGCUGAGUGCAGACAAGAGGUGGUAGUUUCUGACCCAUCAAAUACAGAUGUUGAUGGUACAAAUGCAGCCAUUCACCAGAGGAGAAAGAUGGAAACCUUGCAGCAAUUGACUCAUUCUACUGAUUCUAUGAUCCAAGUCAGCCAGUGCAGAAGACAUCUGGACAAUACCUUUCUUUUGACCCAGCCAAGUGAGAUUAAUCACCAAGAGAGUCAGGUACAUUCACUUCAGUUGGCUAAGGAUGUCAAUACUUCAAUCCUAGCCAUUCAAUCUAGGAAUAAGGAAAUAGAACCAUUUCAUUUGUCUGAAGAUGGUACAGAUCAAGGAAGUGAUUGUAGAAGACAGAUGGUACAUAUAGAUGUACUUAGAUUGAGUGACAGUAGCAAUGAUGCAAACCAAGGUGGUAGUCCGCUAGAUGCAGUUCAAUCAACUAGGCAAAGUGAUGGCUCAAACCAAGCGAGUCAGAUGGGUUCAUGUCAAUCGACUAAGGAUAGUGAUGGCUCAAACCAAGCAAGUCAAUGCAGAAGACUUCUUAAGGAGCUAACUGAAGAGACUUAUGCCAUUCAAGAUUCAUCUAUCCUAGAUGCUCUGCAGGAACAACUCAGAAACACCCUCAGGAACAUACAGAAAGCAAAACAAAAACGGGUAUUGAUUCCAUCAGGACAGACAAGUGCAGAUGUACUUGAUUCACAUACAUGUACACAAUCAAGAAAAUCCUCUAAUACAUAUAAUAGCAAGAAGCAUAGUGGUAAAAUUCAUCCUGACACUACUGGGAAGAGUUGUACGUGCAAGAAUAGAAGUUGCAGGUUUUGUUCUGCAGCCGAGAGGGUUGAGUUUGGUGAGGUCAUGCGUGAGGAACUGUGUUCAGACCAGUCAGUGAGUAGUAGGAUCAUCAGGGAAGCACAGGCACUGAUCCUAGAAAUGUUCCCUUUUAUGCAUGGGUUUGAGGAAACCACUCUAGGUAACCAUCUUCUCUUCUCAGCAGCCCAAGGAGAGUUCGGCCAGCUGAUGAACGAUGGGAAGGACCACUGGAUUUUUGUCACGUCCAUUUCCUGCGCUCCAGGAACAGUCAAGUACUAUGACAGUAUGGGUGCUCGGACGGUUCCAGACACCAUACGCAAGCAGAUAGCAUGUAUCGUAUGUUCGCAGGACACCCAGAUCUCUGUGGAAAUCCAACCGGUUCAGUUGUCCAAGGACUUCACCGAUUGUGGUCUUUUCACGAUAGCUUUUGCCGUGAGUGUCCUGUAUUCUGAAGAUCCGGCAUUGGUUUGUUAUGACAUCACCUCCAUGAGAGACCAUCUCUACCAUUGCUUCCAGAAACGUAGUCUCACACCUUUCCCAAAGAUUGAUCAGUCCUUGGAGCGAACCGUAAAGAGGACGAUUAGUGUGGACGUGUUUUGCCUCUGCAGGAUGCCCUGGUAUGCUAUCGCAAAGGAAUCAAAGAUGAAGAUGGCCCACUGCAGCAUGUGUGGCGAGUGGUGGCACUCGAACUGCUGUGGCAUUCCUGAUCCAGGUCAAAGAAGCAGCUGGAAGUGCCCUAGAUGUGAAGAUGUCCAGUCUGCAGUAUCCGCUCUCAAUUCUCUUCAGUCGGUAGUCUGUCCAAAUGAAAGCCCAGGUCACAGCUGACAAGUUCAUUGCCCCCCGCCCCCUCUCCAUCACCUGUGGAAAGGACAAGUUCACAUUAUUUUCUCUAUUAGCAAAUGUGAUGGAAAAUAAGUUAUGGGGCCACUAGAUCUUAGCUAUUCUAUGUUCUAUCAACCUUCAAGAUUCCCACAGUCCUGGAAAAUCCUGGAAAAAUUUGUGGUCAUUGAAAGUCAGGGAAUUUGGAAAAUUUGUGAAAAGUCAUGGAAUUUCAUUUACCUCUCGGCUAUGGCAGCUUUCCGGUUUGUUGUGACUCACAAAACUCAAACUCUGUGAUCAUACUCUGCUUUUAUCAUUGGUGUUCAUGAUUUCCAUUUUUCCCAGUUUUGUGACAUCCCAAAUUCUGCAUAACUCUCGGUACGUCACGAGAAGUCAUGGAAAGCAGCAAUUUAGUCAUGGAAAAGUCCAAAAGUCCACUUCCAAAAGCCUCUUGGUUGCAAGAGGCUUUUGCCUGAAUUCACAAAGAAGGUUUUAACCUGUUGGCUAGACCACAGUUUUUGUAGAUCAUACAUGUAAAAUGCAAUCAUUAUGCAUAAUUUAGUGCGUACAUUGAAAGAGAGUCCAUUGAUUUCCAUUCUCUAGGAGAUUGUGAAUUCAGAUAUGCAGCUCCUACACUGUGGAACCAAUUUUCAACAGCAAGAAAAUAAAAAUAAAGUGUUCAAUGUGUGCAUAUCAAACUGGGUAGAUUCAAGGGUCACCUGUUCAAAGGUUGUAACCAUCAUUAAUGAAUAUAUUGGACACUUGAAACCCCCAAAUAACUGAGGGUUCAACUCAAAACAUUGUGUACAUGUAUGCAUGAUAUGGGAGUGACAGUGACUUGAUUAGAGUUUGGCCUUAACAAGUCAAAGGUCAUAUUGAUCAUUAUUGAAAUUUUUUUAAGUAGAGUAUCGUCUUGGAAUGGUGGAGGCAUUAAUUUUGACUCCAUACGAUUGAGAAUCCAUCUGCAGGUAACUCUUACACAAGUCAAAUAUUUGCCUAAAUUAUUGAAACAAUUUUUGACUCACCUUGCAUAGCAGAGCGAGACUAUAUGCGCCGCUUUUUCUGAUGUUGGCAACGGCGGCGGCUUCGUCAACAUCAAAUCUUAACCAAAGUUUUGGAAAUAUCAUCAUAACUUAGAAAGUAUGUAGGCCUAGUUCAUAAAACUUGGACAUAAUGGUAACCAAGAAUUACUUAACAUCCUGCCAGAGAUUGAGGUCAAAUGACUAAGUCAAAGGUCAUUUAAGGUCAAUGAACUUUGGCAAUGUUGGUGGUAUUUGUUGAUUUCCAUCAUAACUUUGAAAGUUUAUGGAUCUGGUUCAUGAAACUUGGACAUUUGAAUAAUCAAGCAUCAGUGAACAUCCUGCAUGAGUUUCAGGUCACAUGACCAAGGUCAAUGAAUUUUGGCUGUGUUGGGGGUAUUUGUUGAAUUGCCAUCAUAACUUUGAAAGUGUAUGGAUCUAGUUCAUGAAAUGUGGACAUAAGGGUAAUCAAGUAUCACUAAUCGUCUUGUACAAUUCUUAAGUCACACGAUCAAGGUAAAAUAUUUAGGGUCAAUGAACUAGUAUUUUUAUAUCAUAUUAUGAAUGGUGUUUUUUGUGAAUGAUUAUUCUAUAGUCGAUUUCAAAGUAGGCACUGCUUCUAUAUUGACUCGUGCAAUGCAGACGAGACUGCCAGAUGCACUCCACGAGUUUAUCCAUGUUAUACUUAUACAUGUACCUCUCGUACGUAAAAUUUCUCCCGAGUCAAACAGAUUAAUGUGGUUCCAAAGUUUUGACUGUAUUUGAUUGGAUGAAUUUGUGCAGGAUUUUCCAAAUAAACACAGGCAUUUCAAUAAAUAGUGUCAAUCAGUCAAUUCUUCUU